AUGUUUCGAAAGAUGUCGCCACCAAGGACUGAAGACCGAGGCAGAAAUUUUGUCCAAACAGUGCAGCGCAUUUGGUCUUGCCAAACAGACUCCAGGCAAACUUCGUUGAACACUCCACUCCUGGCAAAGUUUGGUUCCUUCUACAAAGGCACCGCGCCAAUGCUUUGUGGCUCCGUGAUAUUCCGCUCCUUGCCUUUCGUGGUAUAUUCAGGAGCCUUCACCUUUUUGCAGCCUUGGGCUGGCUGCACGAUUCUUGGUGUUGAUGGUCGCGUGUGGGCGAGUGGGGCAAUAGCCGGGCUGGCUCGCGCCUUGGUGGAGAACCCUUGGGAGGCCCUGAAGACACAAAAACAAGUAUGGGGCACUGCAUAUCUCAAUGCCCUGCGAUCGGGAUGCAUGUGGAGAGGUGUUUCUGCAACGUGCUUCAGGAACGUGAUCCUGGUGACUAUCUUCUUCACUCUUUCCGAGAGGCUGAACAGUUCUACCACGCUUAUUGCCUUCCGAGAAUUGCCAUUUCUUCGUGGAAGCUGCGUGACUGUUUGUUGUCGCUUGGUGCAAAGCAGGCACCGGAGAUCAUCGCAUAUUAUCACUAAUUGA